UCUAUAAAAGAGGUGUCUGGGCUUAGUACAUCAUACAAACCAAGACAGCAAUUCAACAAUUAAUCUACUCAAAACUUCAAGCAAGACAACUCCAAGCUCAUUAAAAUGGCCAGCACUGUAAAUCUCAUCAGAAAUGUACUGACCAGCCAGUACCUUACCCAUAACGGAAGCUCUGUGGCAGUUCAUCAUUUGAAGAAUCAUUCAAACAACUUCCACCUCUAUGACGAUGGACCUCUUCGCAGAUUGCAAGUGUUCAGUGACAGCAACAAGAAGAUAUCUCACGUUCCAGCUGGAGGCUGUUCCCAAGGCCUGACCACAAACCCCAGUGGAUCCAUGGUUCAUGUAACCCCUAAUUCUAGUGUGGGUGUGAAACUGUUUGUGAAGGACGGCAGUGGAAACAGAUACUACUUGAGAGUCAACAUAGCUCAGAGCAGUAAUGUUGAGCUCGUCUGUCAGAGCCACGUCGAUAAUGCACAGUACAAUCCCUUUCUGAGGCAAGAAUUGGAGUUUGAUCUGGUUACAGUUGACAUCAAUGACUUGUAAACUCUGAACACAUUAUACAUAGAAGUGGCGACAAUCAUGCAGUCUAUCACUUAUUACAACAAUCAUUUUAUUUAUUACAACUUUCCUAUGCUUUUAUCAUCAUGUAUAGAUCAUAAUUAAUUUUAUUACUUAACUUUUUGGCUAUAAUUAUUAUACUGAGAAAACAUUGA